ACAAAGCAUAAUUCUCUCUCUCUCUCUCUCUCUCUCUAGAUUCUUCACAAAAACACACAUCGAAAUGGGGAUAGAAAGUGAACGCAAGAAAAGGUAUGCAUUGCUGUUAGCAGCAAGAGACUCAGAGUAUGUGAUGAAGGUGUACGGAGGGUAUUUUAAUGUGUUUCUGGCAGCUUUUGGUGAAGAAGAAGAAGAAGAAAGGUGGGAUUUAUAUAGGGUUGUUGAUGGGGAGUUUCCUGAUACGAAUGAGCUUCAAGCCUAUGAUGGGUUUGUUGUGAGUGGAAGCCCUUAUGAUGCUUAUGGAGAUGACACCUGGAUUCUUGAGCUUUGCUUUCUUUUGCAAACCCUAGAUUGCAUGCAAAAGAAAGUCCUUGGCAUUUGCUUUGGUCACCAGGUUUUGUGCAGAGCAUUAGGGGGAAAGGUAGGGAAAUCACACAGUGGUUGGGACAUAGGGCUUAGGAAAGUGAAGAUUGUCAAAGAUUUCUCCCCUUGCAGUUUUCUUGAAAGCUUGCAUGAGAUGCCUCCAUCCCUCUCCAUCAUUGAGUGCCACCAAGAUGAGGUGUGGGAGGUGCCGACAGGAGCAGAAGUCAUAGCAUUCUCAGACAAGACAGGAGUCGAAAUGUUCACAAUCGGAACUCAUAUUCUUGGGAUUCAAGGCCAUCCAGAGUACACCAAAGACAUUCUGAAUAACCUCAUCGACCGCCUUCUGACUCAAGAUUCCAUUGAGACUGGACUUGCUGAAGACGCAAGGUUAAAGCUGGAAAUUGCAGAACCAGAUAGGAAGUGUUGGCAACAAAUUUGCAAAGCAUUUCUCAAGGGUUAUGGAAUGCAUACCCCAGAAUUAAAAUAUGAAGAUAUAAUAUUUUCUUGAUGUUUUAAAAGGUCAAGAAAAUCUGUACAUAUUAUUUCAACUUCCCCCUUUUUCUUGUGUGUUUUGCUUGUAACAAAGACUAAUAACCUAAGAUGGACAUCAAAAGGUCCAGCGACAAUGUGUUUGAUAACAUGAAAAUAUGUAAUAUAUAAUAUCUUACAAAA